AUGUUCUUCUCAUCUUUGAUUGGAAUUCUUGGACCAUUGUUGGCGAUCUGUUCACCGACAUCGUCAUCGCCACUGCCCCUUGACAACGACGAGCCCGAUAUCGUUGUCGAACGACACCUCGCUAAGCGCCAAGGCUGGUACUGGUCCAACUGGUCUGAAGGUGGCAUCAACCUCCGAUGCAACAACGAGAAUGGCGGAUCCUACUCAACUCAAUGGUCAGGCACAGGCGGGUUUGUCUGCGGAAAAGGAUGGAGCCGAGGCAGUGGAAGGGUCGUCACCUACACCGGGACCUACACCCCGACCGGGCCGGGGUAUCUAGCCGUGUAUGGGUGGACCCAAAACCCAUUGAUCGAGUAUUACGUGAUAGAGUCUCACGGCGACCUGGCCCCGAACGAGCCAUGGACUUCGAAGGGAAACUUCACCUUUGAGGAGGGCACGUACGAGAUCUUCCAGAGCACGCGGGUUAACAAGCCUUCUAUCGAGGGGACGAGAACCUUCCAGCAGUACUGGUCUGUAAGGCAGGAGAAGCGAGUUGGAGGAUCGGUGUCGAUGCAACGACACUUCGACGAAUGGGCAAAGGUGGGACUGAGGUUGGGAGGUCACAACUACAUGAUCCUUGCGACGGAAGGGUAUACGGCGGCGGGAGGAAACGGGAGCAGUGGUGCAUCGAGCAUCACCCUCCAGUAG